AUGUCAGAUGACGGGCUUUCAAUAUACGACGAGAUCGAAAUCGAAGACAUGACCUUCGACGAGGCUCUCCAAACGUACUACUACCCGUGUCCCUGCGGCGAUCGCUUCCAGAUCGCUCUCGAUGACCUGCGCGACGAGCAAGAUAUCGCUGUGUGCCCCAGCUGUAGCUUGAUGAUUCGAGUCAUUUUCGACCUUGACGACCUACCCAAGCCUCCUCCUACUGGCAACACUGGUGGCCAGAUACCCGUCGCUGCUUAA